UUUCACUUUUUAGCUCUCGGUGAAGAGCAACAAUAACACACGGCUGGUUAUGGAGCAGUAAAUGACAGUAAAUGUGUAUCGAUUGUUUGAGGCGGUCUUACUGUCCUUCAUAAAACCCUCGGUGAAUGACAUUUCAUCACUAGUUGCUGUUCCUGCAGCUGGAUCAGCGCUGUCUCCAGGUGUAGAACCGAAGGCAAGAAUGGCGAUCAAAAAGACGUAUAUAAGCGUGGGCUACUCGUGUGUCGGGGUGUUGGUGGGAUUUUCGGCGUUUCUGGUGUGGAACAUCGCUUACAAACAGCCGUGGACAGCCGCGAUGGGUGGAUUAUCAGGCGUUUUGGCGUUAUGGGCUCUGGUCACACACGUAAUGUAUCUUCAGGACUACUGGAGAACAUGGUUAAAGGGACUGAAGUUCUUCCUGGUCAUAGGCAUCGUUUUCUCUGUGUUGUCCAUCGUGGCCUUCAUCUGCUUUCUCUGUGUGGCCGUCUCCCGCAAACAAUCUCUCAAAGAUCCCACCAGUCUGUACCUGUCAUGUGUGUGGAGCUUCAUGACUUUAAAGUGGGCCUUUCUGCUGGCCCUCUAUUCUCAUCGAUAUCGCAAAGAAUUUGCAGACAUCUCCAUUCUCAGUGACUUUUAAAUAUGCACACAAUAACACACUCGUGCCCACAGACAAACUAGUAAAUAAGUGUAGAACAUGCUUGGCUGUUACCAUGUAAAAUGGACCGGGAACACUCAAGAGGAGAGUUAGUUUUUUGAGUUUAUAAAGACAUUAGCAUACCACUGCUCUAUCUUUUUGCUAUUGUCUGUCCAGAAAGAAGGACGUCACCAGUGAUUUUAAAUUUUGUACUUUUUAAUAUCAACAAUCAAAAUCCACAUUUCUGAGCCUUUUCAAUUUUCUGUAUGUAUGGUUACUUAGCAUUUCUGAAUGAGGCAUUAAGAGGAGUCUUUUGUCUUUCUCCUUGCUGCCGUUCUCUUGAAUGUCUUACUAUGGGAUAAGUGACAGGUUUUUGUUAAGAUGGUGCGUUUUUUUUUCUGCUAUUGCAUAGCAAUUAGGUAACUAUCUAUUGGUUUCUUAAAAAAAGCACUUUAUUGUCUAUAAAAUGUGGUAUAAUCAAUCACAAACCUUGUUCCUGUGGGAGUCUUUGAGGCUUUACUGGCGAGGGAUAAUGUUAGGUGAAAAACCCAAAUUUUCUUCUUCUUUGUACUUUUAUGACCCCAAAGCAUUUCAGAGCAACAUCCAGCACACAUUUGAACGAAAUGAUUUGAUUUUUGUAGCAUUCGUUUUUCACAAGACAAACAGGGUUAGAGCUUUUUAUGUCCGUCACCUGACACAUGGCUUAGUCUUGGUUCGUAUAAUUUCUCUCAGAUAAUAUUGCAUGCAUUUGUCUUGUUUUAUUACGUUGAGCUUUUUUAUUUACACAAAACAUUAUUAUUAUUAUUAUUAUACUGUUAGAAUGUGAUUUUUGCUUUUGUCUGACAUUUCAGGCACUUUUGUGAACAUAUCAAUUAUAUUGUAUUGUUAUGAAAUCAAUAACUUUAUGUAUUUGUCAGUGACCCAUUAAUAAAAUAACCUGAAACGA